ACGGCUAUGAAAGAAAAUGGCGUCAGCCAAUCAGGGCUUGGAUUUUUCCGUUCCCUUCCAUUUGUCCGCGCCCGCGGAGCGACCGAGGCGAUCGAUCUCCCCGUAUCCCCUGAUGGCGGCAGCCGACGAUCGAAACCUCCAAAACCCUCUCUCCCUUGCCAUAGCCUUCCUUGGAUUCGUCCCUGGAGGCCGCGGAAGAGCCUUCGGCCGGAGCUCCAGCGGAAUCGUCACUUCCUGUUCCUCCCAUGCCCUCUUCUCUGAGGUUCCGUUUCAGGGACCAAGAAACGGAAGGGGAUUCGAUGGCUGACGAGGUCGAAACCGAGGGGUCGUCAGGUCCGAGCUCUGAUUGCGGCUACGAGUCCGAGCUCGACUCCAUGACAGGAAAGGGAAUAAAGCGCCUUUGUUCGGAGCUCCUUGAGUUAAAGAAAGCAUCAGAUGAAGAUUUUCAAAGAAAUCUUUACUCAAAUUAUUCAACCUUUAUCAGAAUAUUUGAAGAAGCUAGAAGUGUGGAAAGUGAUCUCAUGGAACUCAAACGUCAUGUUUCAACCCAAAGCAAGCUCAUCAAUGAUCUUAUGAACAGCCUCAAUUUAGAGAUCCUAUCUAGCAAUAUGAGGAACGAAGCUGAAGGAACGGAAGAUCUUGACCCAUAUUCUCCUAAAAGCUUUGGGACUGAUAUGUAUGAUACUCUGGAUACAUUGGAUGUUCUUCUUUCUGAACACCAAUUAGAAGAAGCUCUAGUUGUUUUGGAAGUGGAAACCAAAACCUUGCAAAUGAUGCACAAGAAAGACCUUUUAUCCCCAAUGAUCAUGUCAUAUACGUCUGCAAUAUCUGAUAGGAGGGACAGGUUAGCUGAUCAGUUUGUUUGUUUAGCUGAACAUCCAAGAGUGUCUCAACCAGAAAUGCAAAAGGCACUCUGUGGGCUCUGCAGGCUUGGUGAAAAUCAGCGGGCAAACUUUUUACUGCUCAAGUAUUUCCAUUCACACCUUGCAAAUUAUGUGCAAGAACUGGAGCGCUCAAAACCAGAUCUUCAUGGAAUGUAUUUAAGGGAACUUGCAAAUAUUGUAUUUUCUGUCAUAUCUCAAGCAGCAAGAAGCUUUGUUAUGUUGCAUGGUGAAGCAUCUCCCUAUUCUUCGGAACUCAUACAGUGGGCCAAGGAAGAAAUCAAAGUGUUCAGUGAUAAAUUUGAUAAGCAUCUCAGAUCUAUACCAGAACUGAGUGGGGGCUUAUUUUUGGUAGUUGAUGCUGUGAACACUGCUUUCUCCCUUUGCUCUUCAUUAAAAACUCAGAGGAUAUUUUUGCAGACAGACUUGAUGAAAUUGAUCAGGCCUUGCAUGGAAGAGGUGUUGCAGAUGCAUGUGGACUACUUUAAAAAGGUUGUCAGGAUUUGGACAAGUACUGAUACUUGGCUCCUUGGUAAAUUUUUCCUUCCAGGAAUGUUGAGGAACAAAACAUCUCAAACAGGCAUUGAAUACUGCCUACUUAGUAGCAGUGGAAGGAAGUUUGUUACGCUAAUGCAGGCAAUUGUGGAUGAUAUUUCUUCAUUGGUAAAUCUUCAAAUGGAAAGUUCGAUCCUGGAAUGCCUUGCUGACCUGUUCAAUGAGUAUAUGCAUGCCCUUCAAAGAGCUAUUCCAAAUGGAGAAAAUGCUGGAGAAAAUGGUUUUCAGAGAAUUAGUUCUUCUCAAGAAUUAUCGCAACAACUCUCUCUUCUAGUCAAUUCCUUGACUCUUGCUGAUCUUUUCCCAGUCAUUGCUGCAAGUGUGUCCAAGGAUACCAAACAUUUAAACAAUGUGGUAUUCUCAGAGCAUGCUGAUCAUUUUUCACUGGAGGAACUCGAUACUUUGAUCCUUUCGGUUCAAGAAGCUACAGAUCAACUAUGGUGCUAUUUCUGCCGUCAGUUUGUGACUGAAGUCAUGUCAACUGGGCAACGUGAAUCAUCAACAAGUUUGGAACCAUGUUCUAAUGGUCAAUGGAUUCCUAGCUCAACACAAGAUGAGAUGCCUUCAUUUGCUUUUCAGGCAUUGUUCCUACAGUUGAGGAAAUUAGAAGAUUUGUCUAAAUCUAUCUUCAUUGGCAAGGAUGGGUUGGUGGACAAGCUACUAAAAGAGUUAAUGGAGGCUGUGAUUGUUUGGCUUUCUGAUAACCAAGAGUUUUGGGAAAAUACCGAGAAGUGUUCUCACGCACAAAAGCUCGGCUUUGUUGAACAGAUCCAUUUAGAUAUUCAUUUUUUAAUGGAAAUCGCACAGUUCAGAGGGUACUGUUCAGAUGAUCUGAUGGCUGCAGCAAUGAACACACUAGCGCAAAUUGGUGCAGCAUCUGCUGCAUUUGAAUCAAAUUCAGAUAGAUGGGCCUCAAAUGCUUCCAAACUGGCAAUUGAAAAGCUACUGGCAGUUCAUGAAGCUGAGUUGCAGCCAAAGGAAGAAGCUGCUGCAGUUUUUCUGGGGAACUUGAGUACACAAAAAUGGGAGGAUACAAGCCCAUCUGAUGAAGAUGAUGAUAUAGGAAUCUCAGAGGAUUCAGCAGACCCACUGGAUGGUGAAUUUGAUGGUUUGGCUGAAGAUGGUAUCACAAAGUUACAUCGGAAUAGAAGUUCAGAAUUAAAACCUCUUGAAAUACCAACAAGUGAUGCUGGAAUUGUUGAUUUAGAUGAUGAGGGCUCUAGAGGUCACAAAAAUGAGGAUGAUGCUAUAGGAACCCCACAGGAUGCCAUGGACCUACUGGAUGGUGAAUUCAAUGGGUUGGCUGAAGAAGAUAUCACAAAUUUACUCAGAGUAGAAGUUCGGAAUUAGAACCUCUUGAAUUACCUAUGAGUGAUGCUGGAACUGUUGAUUUAGAUGAUGGGGGCUCUAGAUGUCACAAAAAUGGGAAUGAUGUUAGUGGAAGCUCAGAGAACUCCACGGGCUUACUAGAGGGUGAAUUCAAUGAUUUGGCCAGAGAGGACAGUGAAAAAAUGCUUGUGAAUAAAAUUUUUGAAUUAAAAUUGUCGGAAACUUCUAUAAAUGAUAAGGGUAUUGUUGACUCUGAUGCUGAGAGUUCUACAGGUCCUGCCAUUCAGUAUGUCAAUGUGGAAGAUGAACAGGAGACAGAUGCCAUCAUCAAGCCCGACAAAACAAGGACUUUCAAGGGCACAGAAAAACCUGACGAUAGUUCCAUGAUAAAUCAUGAAGUGGAUUCUGUUGGAAAGUUGGAUGAAUGUGUCACUGUUGCAGCUCAUUCUGUAACAGACAAGCCAACAGAUGUUGCGGAGUUAGAAGAUCUAGCAGCACAGACCAAGCUUCUUGAAGUUCCUGAUAAUGGGAUUGCCUAUAGUGCUUCAGUGCAGCUGAGAGGUGGCCGUGGGUGGCUGAGAGACAUCAAUCCUGCGGACAAUUUGAGAAGGAAUAGAAAGGACCCUGGAACGACCAGGCCUAGGUGGCACUGAAAUCCUGAAUGGCUGGUUGGUUAUACUUGCACAAUAGGGGUAUUUCGGUUCUUACACCGGAUUAUAGCGAGUUACUUGUUGCAAUGCAAUGAACUGAAUGUAUUUCUCUGCAGUGAAGCUUCUAUGACAUGAUUAUAUGGUCUGCAGCCACCGAAGCCAUUUGUCACUAGGAUUUGUAUCUGAAGCUGCUUGCGGACUUCGUGGACGAAUGGAUUUAUAUCUGAAGCUGCAGUUGUAUUGGCCAGAUAAUGAAAUGUUUUUGUUGUGUUGUUUAUCUUGCAGAUGGUUUCUGCACAAAUUGCCAGAGAGCAUUUAUUCAUUCAAGACACUAAAUUUACAUUUCAAAGAUCAGUGGGAAAGUUAUUUUAGCGAACAUAUAAAGUCUACAAAUCCAAGAUUCUCAAUAAAAAACAAUCACAAAUUUGAGAGAAAAGAGGAAAUGCUUCUUACAAUUCCAUCAAAGUAUUUUCCAACAUACAAGAUCAAUGACAAGAUUUACAAGAUAAAUUUAUGUAAGCAGCUUAUACAUAAAAGUCGAGCACAUUACAAGUUUGCGCAUACAGAGAUUUAUGGUAGUUCAUGUAGGCACAGAGUUGUCAUAAAAUGUCUAAUAAAAUGAAUAAGAUGUGCUUAGGAAUGGGAAAGAUUGUUGCCUUACGGUAAAUAAUGGUGGGAACUAUCUCAUACCCUCCCCCUCCUCCAAGGAGCGAGUGGGACUGUGGGACCCCAAAAUCUUAGAGAAGAUAUAGCGGCUGUCCAGGUAAGAUGAAUCCGUGGACGAUGUCAAGGAUUUAAACCCCUCCAUUCGUCUCUCCAAGCCUCUCUCUCUCUCUCGACUUUUUUGGUCUCUUCUCCUAAUUUGUAACGAAUGGAAAACUCUUGACCGCCUGUAAGGAGAUCUUCUUAUGUUCGAUCUAUUCCUUCUCAACCCUCCAACAUUUUUUUUCCUUCAUUUCUUCUCGCUUUCUAGCGAUUUUUUUUCGCGAUUUUUUUUUCUAAAAAUUCGUUUUUUUAAAAUUUUUUGUGUUUGUUUAGUACUCAACUCAUAUCAAUUUUCGAUAUUUUGACUCCGGAUUGAUAACGCUGAACUAGAUUUUGGUCGUUUGACCAAGAAAUAAAUUAAUUCAGGAAGGUUUCAAAGUCAGAGACUUGUGAGGCUGUUCUUGAAUUAGUGUCUCUCGAGACUUGGGAAGGAAAUGAUUCCUUGAUGGAUUUUUCCUUGUCUUGGUGGUUCGAUUAAGGCCCAGGAGUGUAGGCUGUCCUGCUAGAGUUGGAUGGAUUCGAGUGGGGUGCAAGUUAAUUACUGUAUUCGAACAAAGCCUUCUAUUUUCGUGGAUCCCGAGGAGGAGGUUGAUAAGCUGGAGGACGAGGAAAGGAAGAGCAGCUCCCUUCUGCUAGUGGCCGUGAAUGGAGGGUUGGCAGGGAAGAGGAAGAAGAGUUCGAGGAGGAAUGUCCAGUGGAACGAUCACAACGGCGACAAGCUAGAGGAGGUGUUCGAAUUCCAGCCAAGUGAUUCGAGCGACUCCAAGAAUGAGUGUGGAUGUACCUGUAAUGUGAUGUAGAACUCUUGCAGAUAUACAUCAUAACAACCAGCGACCUACUAUUGUCACAGGACCUCGAUUUGGAAUUGCAGGCAUGUGAUUGCUGAUUGCUUUCAAAUCUUACAGUUGCCUGAGUCACCAAGUUCUCACUCAUAAAGCAACACAAUGUUUCUUAUCAAGGUGAAUCAUUUUUGAUUUAUUUUAUCAAAGAUUGAAAGCAUUACAGCUUUUCAGUCAGCACCAGAUUAAUAGGUUAUCUGAGUUUGACAUUUGGUUCAAAGAAAAUGCAUGCUUUGCUGGCUUGAGAUGGA